AUGGAUAUUCAUGUUCUUCAAAGCCAGCCCGCCCAGAAGGUCGCGUUUAAAGAUUCUUCCACGGUUCGUGUGGGUAAUAAACUUGUUCGCAAUAAGCCACCCACCCAGCCCUCUGCUAUGCGACCCAAGCAUUUGGUCCGCGGCGGGUUCCAGCCGCGCCUUCCGACUUCGCUGCCGCCCCCAGGGCAGCAGCAGCAGCCGUCGCCGCUACCACGCCGACAGCCCGUCCCGUUGAUGCCUCCCGCGCAGCUUCAUCUGGGAGCGCCCCAGGUGGUCGCUCCGGCGCCUGCGGUCCCUCUUCAGUCGCCACCGCCUUCGGAGCUGAUGGACGUCGACCCCUCAGCCGGGCCGCCUUCCCAAGCGGUGGCUGUGCAGCCUGUCCUGCAGCCGCUUUUCUUGGGCACCCCCAAGGAGUCUGACACCGCAGCGCCUUGUCCGGCGCCCACUCAGCAGCCGUCGACGCAGCGUCAGGAGACGCUGCCUCUCUUCGUGGGUCCCGACGCCCCGUCGCGUCCAGUACCAGAAGCUGCGCCCCUUGAAUAA